AUGAUAGCCCACCCAAUUUCGCCAUGCAUUACCCCCCCCGUUGUCCCGCCGUUGGCUUCCGCUCCGCCCUACCAAUGGGUUGCGCAAAGAGGCAUGCGGCACAGUUGCAUCAUCCUCGCUUGUGCCCCAGACAGACCUCCUCAUCGACCCUCACUUUGUCCCAGCACCAUGGUCCACAGAUCCGCUCCAGCCCGGCUCCACUAUUGCACACAUACAUCACUGCACCAAUGCGCCCUUCUAGAAAAUUCUUUUGUUGGAUUCAAAGUUUCGUUUUUUAUUAAGUUUAGAAGGCUAAAGAAGCUUGCUUCUGUCCAGCAUCCGAUUCAACUGCUCCCAGCUCAACUGGGAGAGUGCUUCUUCCAAGACUAG